AUGGCAAUGGUCUCUCCAUCCGCAUGGGUUUUCCCGGUAAACACACCCACAAGUACCACAUCUUCGACCGCCACGGGCCCGAGUUUACUCCCGAAGAACGGGAGGAGCAGGCACUACAGUAACCUUACAGUUCGAGCUUCUUCUUCCGACGUCCCAGACGGACUACCCGAUGAGGAAUCCAAACCCCAAGAUCCUGCCAAGCUCGCCUUCGCUAAGGCAAAGGCUUAUCGAAAUGCAAAGCUGUCGAAGCCGGCCGAGGAAGAAAACCCGGCUAUAGAAUUUCCCAACGUUCCUCCCGUGAGGAGUAGCAACCGAAAUACCGAGCCUCCGGACUCGGUGAAGCAGGCCUUGCAGAGAGCUAAGGAGUACAAGGAAAAUAAAGGUGUCGUCGUCGGGAGGGACUCCAGUCUCCCUGAGAGAACUGGCAACUCGGAUCCCGCCGUCCCAGAAUCUGUAAAACUUGCUAUGGAGAGAGCAAGAGACUAUGAGAAAAAUAAAGGCGCAAUUGGGGAGCCCAGUACUGUUCCUGAAGUAAAUAGCGAGUGGAGGGUUACUGCCCCUGAUUCAGUGAAAUCUGCCAUGUCGAGAGAUAGCGAAUAUGAGAAGAACAGAACAGCUGUGGGAAGUGGGGGCGAGCAGCCCCCGAAGGCAGGUAUCUCUCAAGUAAAAAGCUCAUUUUUAUUAUCGUAAGUUCCUCUACAUUCAGUAUGCAGACAUCUAUCUUCUGAACACGGGCAUAUAAGUUCAUUUAAUGGCACCAGUCUCAUUUUACUUUUUUUGGGGAUUUUCUCACGGUUACAGCCUUCUUUUUGGCAAUGCAAAUUGACUUGUAAGGCACCAAUGUGUAACCCAGAUGAGUUCUUUGUUGUUUUAUGAUUGUGAUUCGGAUACUCUUCAUAGCUCUCUGUUGGGAGUUCUUUUCUGUUAUUCAGGCUACAAUGUAUAAUGACGUCCACCCACAAAUAUUUUGUGAGGAAUGAAGUCAAGCCUCCUCAAAUAUUUUUUGUUCUUGUGGUGAAUAUGUUAGAAGAAAAACGUGUGCUUUUUAAAAUUUAUUUUAAUGAUCUCUUGUAACGAGGGGAUUUGCAAUUGUUUUUGCAGUAUGUUUGGCAGGAGAGUUGUCUUUUUAUUCCUAACAAAUCAGAUACAGUCGAGUUCCAUUGAGAUUACUUUCCAUGUGGCUUCUCCUCAUUUUAAAGAUUGACAAGGGAUAACAUCGAUCCCAUCAACUCAGUAGUCACAGGCUGAUUAUAGGAAUGUUCUUUGUAUGGACAGGGUAUGUGUGGAUGGACUUCACCGCAGUAAUAUCUUUACCAUCACUUAGUUCUCAUAUUUUUGCUUCCCCGUCGUUGUAAUUGUCCUACGGUAGCUAGUGAGCAUCAUAUAUGAUGUUCUAUUGGCUCACUCCUUGCUGUCUUCAUUAUGCCCUUUCUUUAUCUUUUAGCAUGAUGAUAUAAACAAUUAGUUAUUCUUAGACAAAUUUAUUCAUCAUUAAGUUUCAUUGAUUCUUAUUAAGUUAUUUCGUUUUAAAGGUUUCUUUAGGCAUGAAACUCCACAUGUUCCCCCUGAAAAUAAUUAUUCUACUAGAAAGAGUUUGCGAUUGGGACUAAUUGCGGUAUUGAGUCAUCAGCCAAUGCCUAUUUGCACUUACACGAUCCCUGCAGUGAUGCUUUUUUUCUAAAUAACAAAGGUUCGUUUCUUAUCAACCAAUCAUUCUAGUAAGAAGUUUUAUUUGUCAUAUAGAAUGUUUUUGUCAUAGAUUAUGUUGGUUUUCUAGAUAAACAAGUUUUUUGAUCUCAUGAAACUGAGUUCUGUCAGACAUCAUGCGUAUGUCAGUCCUAGGUGGAUCUACUUUUACAUCAAAUGAAUCUUCAUGAUUUCAAAGUUUCUCUUAUUGUAAUGAUUUUUUUUAAUUUUUCAUGAAUCAUCCAAAUUAUUGAGAAGUCCCUUUCCAUUCUUUUGAUCUGUGGUUGGAUUUUGUUGGAAAUCAUUUUCAAAUGUUUCAUACUACAGGGCUCUUAGAGAACAAUCAAAACAGGAGAGUGAAGAAAACUUUAAAUUUGUAUCUUCAAACAUUUUAAGGCGCAAUUCCAAAUCAGUUUAAAAUGAUUUCCAGGUGGUUGGUAGAUCGUACAACUUUUUGAUGAAUUUUAUUGACAAGAUCCGGAAGUGGGAUUUAUGGAUGUUUAAGGUCUUCAGCAAUCAAUCCAAUGACUUUGGGUUUAUUAUUUAUUUACAAGCAUCUACCAUUGAUUUGCAUAUUGCAUUAUCUUGGCAUGUGUGGCAUGUGCUUGUAUCUAGAUUAUCAAUGAUGUUAUGAGAUGAAUGAACAGGAAACAUAUUUAGCUUAAACAAGACCAAGUUGGUCUGAGACAGCAGUCUAUACUAUAACUUUCUCUCGACAUGGAAUUAUUAGUGUACCAUUGUAACAUGGUCAUUUUGUGUCUAUUGUAAGAUUACAAAUAAGUUAGAUUAAAAACAGAUCAACAUCCCUAUGAUGCAGAGGAAAUGAAUAAACAUCACAUUACAGAAUGUGAAAGUAUUUGCUCAAACAAUUGAUGAAAUAUGGCUGCAAUAAACGUAUCAAUCUCUUUUUCCUUAUCUUUUUUCUGGCAUUUGACAUUUAUUAGCCAGGACCCAAUUCUUUUUCUUAUCAAAGUCCCUAUGAUUUUUUAGAUUAAGAUUACACAGGUUUUCAUUUUGGAAGGAUUUAUUAAUGAUAUCGUAAAGGCUGAAUCUAUCACGUGUUAUGAUUUUUUAGACUAAUCAUGUCUGUGUUUACCUGACACACUUUUCUUUAUCUUACUUUUAUUCCUAAUGGUAUGUAUUAGUACUAGACAUGAGUGUAUAUAACAGUUUUGAACUGGACCAUCAUCAGCCAUUUGAAAUCAUAUUUACAUGUGCCAUGACGUUUAUUGAAUGUGGAUACUUUUCGGGACUAUGACCUGCUCUGACACAAAUGAGUUACUCUCAAUCUCUGUUUCAGAACUCAGACUCGGUUUAUAAGUCAAAUUCUUCAUGCCACAGGCCAAUUGAGGUUGCUAGAUAUACAUAAUCCAUUGGUGGUUGCUAGAUAAUGCUGUAAUUAGGGUUUGUGGCAGACUCUUUUCAGUAAUGAGGUGAUGUUUAUGAAAGAACUAAAGUGAAGUACAUUUCUAGAGUACCUAUAAUGGGCGUACAAAAUUUAGAGCCAAAUUGUUGAAAGUUUAUUUACUGCUGGAGGUAAGCCUUCAGGGCUUAGGAAAAUUAGAGCCCGACUGUAAAAACUUUCCCAAGUCCACCACUUCUAUGAAGUUUCUUAAUUAAAAUAAGUUGGAGGCUAUCUUCUUAACUGAUGGGGUUGCAUGUUGUUGUAGUAACAGAGGUAGUCUUCUAUUGUGGAUAUGAAAUAUUUAAUUUAUUAGUUAGGGCCCGAAUCCCCAAGGUUAUGAUGUUAAGGACAACCGUUAUGCAUCCUAGAAGACAGGAGAGAAGAGCAUGAGUUUGUACUCAUCUGAGCUCAAAUCUUCUUUGUGGUUUGAAAUGGCUUCAUUAUGUUCAAAGAGCUCCAACUUGUAGAGAAGACAGACUAUCUUAUACAUAUAGAGGUUAACAAAAAAUACCUGUAGUAAACAGGGAUUAGUGUUUUACCAAAUUCCAAUUAAAUUUAGAUUGAAAGUAUGGGGGACCAUAGAUUGGACAAGUAUUAGCCUAUUGUAAAGAAAGCUCAAGAAAUGGGGGGAGUGUCCUAAUUAUGUAAUGGUUAAAGAGUGAUGAUCUCAAUUAAUAGAUAUAUAUUUAUUUCAUUAAAAUUUCUAGAUUGUAUUCCUUUUGUUAAUUUUUUCAAUUUCCUGUCAUAUUUUUUUCAAUUUCGAAUUGAAGUGUCAAUAAUUUGGCUUUUUUGAUUUUUUUGAAUAUUUCAGAAGUUUAUAAUUUCACUGUAUGCUUUGAAACCUUUGUGGAGUUCAUUUCAUCAGAAGCAUUAUCUAGAGGUGGUAGAAUUUCUGGAUGGCCAAAAGAGUCAAAUUUUUUACAACUUUUUCAUCAGAAAUAUUUAAUUAAAAGUCAUCCUCAUCACUUCACAUUGCCAUCACAUCUUUUCUUUUUCGGUUUGUAUUUAUCUCGUUGGGAGUCUCCACUAUUGAUUGAGUCUCUUCAGCUGGGGCAGUAUGAAUGACUUAUUUUAGUUUUUGUACAUGUCUGGUUAUAUUGUAUUGAAAACAAUGCUAUAGCUGUUUAACAUGUACCCUUUGCCUUUAAGUUGCUUGCUGUCACGAAGUGAGGCCUUGUUCAUAAAUGUCUUCAUCUUCACUCUUGUUACUUUUUGGCAUAACCUUUAUUUUUGUUUCCUUGAGCUUCUUGAAUCUGUUUCAUCACACAGCUUAGCAGUGAACCCAUCAGGAAAAAAUAGGCAAAAUGUUUUAAAUUUAAAAUUAUCCAGUCAUGGCCACUAAUGACGUAUUCAAAAUUUUUCUGACCUCUUCAAUUGUAGUAUGUCUCAGCUUGAAACUUGAGUCAAUCACCUUUAGUCAAGAAGUUUCUUCAUAUGUUGCUACAAGAUUUUUCCAAGUUUCCUAAGAACUUUCACUCGAAGAUACUGAAUUGCAUUGGUUAGUAGUCAAUGUACAGAAUAAAAUGUUUAGAACUUUGUCACUAAGAGAUAGCCAUGUUUUGUCAAAUUUAUUUCUACCAAUUUCAACUUUUGAAAGGAAAUGAAGGCCAUCCUCAACAUUCCUCGAAUUGUCAUGCUCUAGUCGUUUAAUAAGAUAGACAUUCUAGUUUUUAAGUAAACCUAAUUGUCUCUAUUGAAUAUUGGAGGUUGAUUUAUUCAAUCAAUGCUAGCAAAGAUUCCUAUAAUACCUCGACAUGGAUCUACUUGUGAAUAUUGAACUGAUAAAAUCAAGACUAAUGUGAUAGUACCAAUUGAUAUUGGGGUAGUGAUUGCAUAACAAGGAGGGGAGUGAAUAGGGAAAUCGUGCAUAUAAAUGAAAAUGAAUUGAGAUGACAUCCAACUGUAUGGAGAGAAAAAAAAUAUAUAGUGCUUUGGUCAAACCGUUGCUUACAUCAGUUCUCAAGUCACUCAUCUUAAUUCCAUUUGGUAGCCCAAGUUAUAAACUAGCUAACCCAAAGUAGCAUGGCGUUAGCCAAACUUUUAACAUCAAGAUCCAAGUCUUGUUUGGUAGGAAACUCGCUCUCCCAAUACGUGAAGGAAGAAGAGAAAAUUAACAACUAAGAAAUUGUGGAGUCAAACUUGGAAAAAGAUUCAAUUUUCAAGGGGAGUUUGAAUAAAGCUUAAAUGUCCCAAAAAAACCGUAGCACUAAGGAAACAACAAUAGUUUAAAAAUUUGAAUAUGUACCAACUUUUGCGUUGAUUUGCUUGCUGCAUCUUUGUCCUGGGAGAGACCUUCAGAUUAUUUUGUUUUGGUUACCCAGUUAGCGUACUUAUUUCUCAUUUGAUUUAUAGAAUGAUGCAAACCCCAUUCGCAGCCUGCUCCAUUUUUGCAUAUUCUUGUAGUUUUUGAGAAGUGUGUAUUUAUUUUCCUAUUCUGAAAAAAAAUUAAUACUCUUGAGAGGAGCGGAGUUUUCUCUUCCAUUCAGUACUAAUGGAUUACCCUCUUAUUUCUAGGAUCACAGAAGAUAAAAAUGGGCAAACCAGAGGGCCUCAAAGUCUCUAGCCUUGAUUUUUUGGGGUUUGACUUCUCAGAUAAGAAAAAGGGUAGAGGAAUUCCAGCUGGAUUGGUUCCUACUGUAGAUCCUUCCAUUGGUGGGGAUUUGCCCGAGGUGGAGAUUAUUGUUGGUGACAUGAGCAAGUUUGAAUCUUCAGCUUCAGCAACAUCAGAGCUCAGUUCAAACGGAAGUGAUGAAAACGCAGGUCUUUACAAGCCGAAGGUUUCAACAUGGGGAGUCUUUCCAAGACCAAGUAACAUUUCAAAAGCAGUAAGACAGCUAUCAGGACAAACAUUUCAAAGAGAAAAUAUUUCUGCCGGAUAUUUUUCUUUCUAUUGUAUUAAUCCUGUGCUAGGUAGUUUUGGAUGGUGGAGUUUUUGGAAUUUAAUGAUUCAAAAGCAUAAAUUUUAAAAUUUUAGUGCGAUUGAAUUUCGAUAGCUUGCCCUAAUUACAGAAAAGGAUGUGAUUCUCUUGACAGACUCUUCUUCAUGAAAAAGUAUUGCUGUAUACCCUCUCCCUUUAUUUGCUCCCCCCAUUUUUCCUUUCCCUUCAUUGUCAUAUUCUUUCCUUCCUUUCAUAUUGGCACAUUAUUUCUUAAGGUUUUUCAUAAACCUUGUUUUGUUGAAUAGAUCAUAAAAUAUCGAUUAUCCAUAUCUUUCAAUUAGGCAGCCUAAGAUAGAUUUUUCCUCUCUGCAGUUUGGUGGUGGAAAAAAUAUUCGUCCUGGUGAGGUGCUUGAAAGUACUGAAACUAAGGCUGUAAAAGAAGAACGUACUAGACAAAUGAUUGCAGCCUAUCAGAAUAAGAUUGGGUUGACUAUUGAUGCAAAAGUCAAAGCUGAGUGUGAGAAGGUAUGAAUCAGUUCCAAAGCUAGCAGUCAAAUAUUUGUCAGAGUUUCACAAAUCUUACCUUGUUCUUGUCUUUCGUGUUAAAUUUCACCAUCAACAUGAGGCUGCAAGGUGGAUGUUCUUCACACUCUUUCGUCUCUAUUUUUUGUUUUCUCAUAUAUUAGAAACUAUUCUAAUGUCGUAGCAUUAAAAGGCAGAUCAUCCAGAAAAAAAUAUGUGGGCCAUGUUUCUGGAGGGCCCUCCUUGAAACAUGGCGAGGGGUUUCACACCAGGCCUAUGGGGUUUUCCAAAUAUCUUGUUAUGAGAACAAUAUCAUGUAUGUGAACAUAUGAAUCAUUUUCCUGCAAAGGAAAGUUGAAGGUCUUUUGUUGGCCCUUGCUUAGUCAAAAGAAUAUCCUUCCUAGGGCGUGAAUGCUGUACUUAAUAUUGGGAUAGUAUCAGCCUGAAUCUAGAAGAACAUUUUGAAUUGUAAAAAGUGUCUCAGACAUGGUGCCACAUUUUUUGAUGACGUAGGUUCUCAGACCACAAAGAAAUCUUCUAGAACAUGAUUAGCAUUUGUCAUAAAAAAUGCCUGCCUGUGAAGUUGCUAAGACCUAGACUUGUAAUUUUCUCUUAUCACCAUACAAGACUAAGAAAAUUGGAUAAAAGUUGCAAUUGUCUAUUUCGCGUGCCCAGUGUAAAUUGCUGAAGGGAAGAGAGUUUCAUUCUAUUAGAUCUCAAGAUAUUAUUUUUUUAAACUUUCCUCUGUUUUCCCGUACGCAUUGUUAUUUUCAAGGAGAUUCCUCUUCUUAUUCGUUUCAGAUCGUGUUUACUGCAUGGAGAUUUGCAUUGUGAAACUCAAAACUGAUGUUUUUUUAGCAGACUAUGUCUACGUGUACAUGAAUGCUUCAUUCUUUACUUGUGUUCAUGCGGUUAUCCAUAUAGGGUAAAGACAAUGGACCAAAGUGGUUCAGUUGCUUUUCAAGCACAAUAAACUUGUACCAACACGCAUAUUCUGGCUAUUAUAAUUUAGUGGAAGUCGCUUAGCUUGUGAAGUCAAUAGUUUAUAUGUUCCUUAUUUUGUGUCGUUUGAUUUAUUUCUCCACAUAUGUAUUUGUAUUACCACAAAAAUUAAAUAUUUUAAAGUUUGAAGGUUUCCUGACAAUCUGUAUUGCACAUGGUUUGUCUGAGUUCUGUUUCUCAGCUUUUUGAAAAAAGUAUUAAUAUAGUUUCAGAUUUUUUUCUAAAAUUGCAAUUUCACUUUGGUUUUUUCCGUCAUCUAUUGACAAUAACAAAUAAAAUUUUAUACAAUGUUAGGCAAUGAAGGAGGGUAAUCAACUGAUGGAUGCUGGGAAGCUUCGGGAAGCUUUACCUUACUAUGAAAAAAUAAUGAAUAGAGUAGUCUUUAAGGUAACUCUGAAAUCUUGACUUCUUGUUUUGUGUACUACUUUCCCAGGAAGCUUUACCUUAUUAUGAAAAAACUAAUAUAUAGUGUAGUCUUUGAGGUAACUCUAAAAUCUUGACUUCCUUGGUUAUUAUUUUCCUAAAUAACCAUGCUUUUUAGGAAAUGUUAAUUAAUUAAAUUGACGUGAUCUUUCAUGUUGAAUAAUGGUCAAAAGGCUACUAUUUCACUGAUUGUCACGUAUAUUUCUUAUAUUACACUGGCAGUUUUCUUUACGGAUGUGUUUUGCUCAUUGA